GAAAUUUCCACUCUCUCUUCGCUGCUAUAUGAGCAGACGUCCCCCUCCACACGGAAACAGAAGUAGCGGUUUGAAAGAAUCUGAAGAACUCCUUCGAAUCAAACUUUUGGACUCAACUCAUUGAUUUCACUGAAGAACACUUGGAUCUACAAGCACCAGUUUACACUUCUGUCUUUCCUUAUUUCAACAGCAUCAUGUCUCAGAAGCAGAUCAGCCUCCCAGCAAAGCUCAUUAAUGGCGGCAUUGCCGGCAUUGUUGGGGUUACUUGUGUCUUCCCCAUUGACUUGGUGAAGACCAGGUUGCAGAAUCAGAGACAAGGUCAGCAGGUCUACAAGAGCAUGGUGGACUGCCUUGUCAAAACAGUGCGGUCAGAGGGGUUCUUUGGCAUGUACAGAGGCGCUGCUGUAAAUUUGGCACUGGUCACCCCUGAGAAGGCAAUUAAACUGGCUGCUAAUGACCUCUUCAGGCAUCACCUCUCCAAGGACGGAAAGGGGCUGUCGUUGUUUAAAGAGAUGCUGGCGGGUUGCGGCGCCGGCAUGUGCCAGGUCGUCGUCACCACCCCCAUGGAGAUGCUCAAGAUCCAGCUCCAGGACGCAGGCCGAGUCGCAGCCCAGCAGCAGAAGCCGGUCAUGAUGUCUCCCACCAAGCUCGCGGCCGCCAACGCCGUGCUCCGGCGCGCCUACAACUCCGACGCGGUGGUCUCGGCCCCUCGAGCAGUUUCGGCCACACAGAUUGCGAAAGAGCUGUUCCACAAGAAAGGCAUCAUGGGGCUCUACAAAGGGCUCGGGGCCACGCUGAUAAGAGAUGUCCCCUUCUCCGUCAUCUACUUCCCGUUGUUUGCCAACCUGAACAGCCUCGGCAAACCCAGCGCCGAGGAGGCGUCGCCCGUCUACUGGGCUUUCGUCUCCGGCUGUGCGGCGGGCUCCACUGCCGCGGUGGCUGUGAACCCCUGUGACGUGGUGAAGACGAGGCUGCAGACGCUGAACAAGGGGCCCAGUGAGGAGACUUACAACGGGGUUGUGGAUUGUGUGAGUAAAAUAAUGCGAAAGGAGGGGCCCGCUGCCUUCCUGAAAGGCGCCGGCUGCCGGGCUCUGGUCAUCGCGCCUCUGUUCGGCAUCGCUCAGGUCAUGUACUUUGCCGGAGUUGGCGAAUACAUCGUGGACAACACUCCUCUGAACCGCCUGUCGGCGUGAAAGCGCGCACCGACGUGCCGGCUACGCGCCGGACCUCCGCGAGCGUCGCCGGGCGAAGAACUGGCAGCUGCACGCCGUUUACAGCAACGAACAAACGACCAUCUUGUCUGGCAGCUAACGAUUUCAACUUCUGUACAGCUGUGUUGCACUGAAACACUUUUGUGACUUAUUGAGUGGGCGGGGCCAAUGUUUGCCCUGGGCCGAGGGGGCUCGGAGCUGCAGUGUUAUUCUGUCGUUGUCCCCGAGGCGGUCCCGGUUCCCUCUGUGAGGGAGGGGAGCUCACUCCAUCAAAGAGACACACACAUUUUUUCUGUGUUUUGUCUUCCAUGUCAUCCCGUUUCAUAUUUAGCAUGCGACUUUCUGAGUUGCUCAAUGCAGCAGCUUGUAUUGCGUUGUAUGUUUUGUUUGUUGUUGCUCCUUUUCCAUCGCCGUCUCGCGGAGCCUUUGGGGCACAAUUUAUUGCAACGGGAUUUUAUUUUGAAAUACAUUUCAGUAAUAACUUUUGAGUUUACACGUUUGAUGUCACUGAUUAUGAACCUUCCUCCUGACAUGGGACCAUAUGGUUUGCCAAACCAUAACGGCCCUGUUCUAUACUUGAUAUUCGCCCUACGGUUGUCUACUAACAGUCUGUGAAGUGCAGUGUUUGUGUUUUACUACCUGCAGAAACUUGAGAUGCAGUAAUGCACAUUAUCUGUUUGUUUGUCCACGUAACCUUUUUCAAUAACUAAUGCAUACCUGGACCCAUAAUACUUUUUGCUUUAUGCCUUCUUACUGUGACUGAGCAUGAACACAUGACUGUUACAAUAGUGUUUGCGAUUGCUUUUUGUACAUACCGUGUGUGUAAAUAUACAUUAAACUUUGCAAUAUA